UAUGAUAGACCUAGUAAAAUAUAGAGCACAUCUGAACAGAGCAUCGAAAUUCGAAGGACGCCCCAGCAGAAAGCCCAUCGAACGUUAUUAAUUACCAUUUUGGGGCGUCGACAUUAUAAACUAUAGGAUUAUAACUAAUGGCUUUGUUGAUUUAAAAAUAAAACCUUUUAUCCACUAUAAAUAUUGGGACUUGUGAUCGAAACUGUAUCAUUCUUAAAAUCAGCAUCUUUUGGUGACCAUCUGAGAAGUUGAAAUCCAAAUGUUCAAGUUAACAAUUCUGAUUGCAAGCCUGGCCUUCGCCAGUGCAGGCUACAUUGGAACGGAACACGCCUACGCAGCUCCUGUGGCCGCCCCUGCACAAUACUCUUCAGCUCCAGCUCCAGCUCCAGCAGUGAGCUACAGCAACUUCGUUCGUCAUUUUCCAUCCCAACCGGCCCUUCACUACACCCAUGACCAAACUCAUCCCGUUCCAGUCGUAUCCGCUCCAAGCCACGUAUACGCUGCACCAUUGACCAACCAGCAGCGUUUCGUUUACGGCCAAAACCAUGCUCCAGCUGUUGCCUACGGCCAAGGAUACGCCCCAGCCCUGUCCCAAGAUCACUAUGGGUAUCCCGCAUAUGAUGCUCCACUGGCUACAAAAUCUGUCCUCGUUGCCCAGACUCAGCCUGAAUUGUACCAUCACAACGCAUAUGCCUCGCAUGCUGCUCCCCUAGUUGCGCACGGUUAUCACCAAGGUGAAGGUCUUGUGUACGAUCAACACCAUCAUGGUCAUUAUUGAAGA